AUGGUCAUGCUAUACAAGACUGCACGACCCACGCCCACCACAUUGCCCGCCAAAGACAUGAGCAACAUGUCGUCACUAACAGCCCAACUUCGGCGCCGGCCGAGCCCAGCCAUGGUACAAACCAAUGUCCAACCUCAACACUCCAACUCUCUCCCAAUUUCUGCUAUAAGCGCCUCUUCCAUCGCCUCCUCCUCUCGCCAAGCCUCACCCACCAUGUCGCCUGACACUGCUGUCCUCACCACCAAUUCCUCCCUGCAGCCUUCGCCCGACGCCUUCCACACACGCCUCGACGACGACGUCUGCCCUCCCAACUUUCAGCUGCCAGACGCAAUCGUCUCCCGAAAGACGAGCGUCAACUCCCUUGCCCAGAGCUGGACCGGCAAUGGGAGCCCGCUGACCGAAAUGCCUAGUAACGGCCCCGCCUCGCCAACUCCUGCUCCCACCAAAACCAAUCUCAUACGCCGCCUUUCCAGUCGCGCGUCUCGCAGCAUUACAGGCCGUAGGAGGCAGUCCUCUGCUGCUGCUCCCGCUCGCGACAGCAGUGUUGGCCCAUGCUUCCUACGAAGACGCUCCGAUAGCAACAAUGGCGCGCCCCCCGACUUUGCUCCCGCCAAUACCGACUCCGAGUCCGACUUUGACGAUAGAGAUGAGUAUGGCGCUCUGCGCACCAACAAUUUCAUGCUGGAUGGACUCGUUCGCGAUGCCCCCAAACCUCCUGCUCGCAACGCCACUUCGCCAGUUGGUGGCAGUUCGACCACCAUGGCUGGCCCGGUGAUUCCUCUGCAGCUCCAACAAGGUGUCUGGCUUCGCAAGAUUUCCAAAAAGAGUCGUUCCAAGAGAAUACGUCUCCAGUACGAUCCAGACUCCAACAAGCUCGUCUGGGACAAGGCUCGACCCCAAAAGUCGCUCCACGUGGACGAGAUUCGCGAGAUUCGUACCGGCUCCGACAUUCAGCAGUAUGGUCGCGACUUCAAGAUACCCGAAUCUGAGCGCUCCACAUGGUUCUCUAUCCUCUACUCUGUUCCCGAACGCUCCAAGUCCAAGUUUAUGCAUCUGAUUGCCGAUGAUACCGAGGCCUGCGACGUUUGGACCACUUUUCUGCAUGCCAUGCUGCGUCAUCGCCAGGAGGUCAUGACUUCGCUCAUGUCCUUCAAUGACAAGGCCAUUGCCCAAUAUUGGCAGACCGAAAUGGCCAAACAGCCAGACUUUGGCGGCGCCACCCAGGAGCUGGAUCUCGCCGGUGUCAAGCGUGUCUGCCAGAAUCUUCACAUCUACUCAUCUCCCGUUAUUGUCCACGCAAAUUUCCGAAUCGCUGACGCCCGCGCCCGCGAGCGUCUCAACUUUGAAGAGUUUCUCGAGUUUGUUCGCCUCAUGAAGCAGCGUAAGGAUAUCCGCUACAUUAUGCACUGCAAUUCGGCCAACCCUGAGAUGGGGAUGACAUUGUCAGAGUUUCUCGCUUUCCUCCGCAAUGUGCAGGGUGAGGAUGUUGAAGGAAACCGCGCUGCUUGGGAAAAGUCCUUUUAUCGCCAUGCCCGCAAGUAUCGCCCAGAAAGUACCUCCGAGGGACUCGAAGAUCUCAUGUCAGAGGACGCUUUUGUGGCUUUUCUCAGCUCCAGGCAUAACACGCCUGUCGCUGACGAGCCCCAAGACUACACCCUAGAUCGGCCCAUGAAUGAGUACUUCAUCUCCAGUUCCCAUAACACAUAUCUACUCGGACGUCAGGUCGCCGGUAGGUCCAGUAUCGAAGGUUACAUCGCUGCCCUUGUACGCGGCUGCCGCUGCGUUGAGGUCGACUGCUGGGACGGUCCGGAUGGUCAGCCCCAGGUUGUCCACGGCCGCACCCUCACCACUUCCAUCAGUUUCAAGGAAGUCAUGACCACCAUCAACAAGUACGCCUUUGUCAAGUCCAACUUCCCCCUUUGGAUUUCUCUUGAGGUGCACUGCAAUGCUGUGCAGCAAGCUAUUAUGGCCGAGACCAUCAAGGAGGCCUUUGGCUCCCGUCUCGUGACCGAGCCUCUGGAUCCCUCUUCCAACAAGCUGCCCUCCCCCUCGGAGCUAAUGGGUCGCAUUCUCAUCAAGGUCAAGGAGCCUCGCAUGCAUGAUGAUGGCAAUAUGAGCAGCGCCGCUGUAAUUGCACAGGCCACCCGCGGUCGCGGCAAUAGUGUCGGCUCCUCUAGCCAACCGGCUCACGUUUCUCAAAGCCCCGCGCCUUAUAUAUCGCAAUCUCUUCCUCAGAGCCCUCUUCUCAGUGGCUAUCCCCGACGUGUGGCAAGCAACAGCCGUAAACGCGUGCAUACCAUCAGCGAAGAGACCACGCAUGUGCGUGAUAUGAGCAGCAACAGCGAUACUGAGAGCGGCAGCGAUACCGGCUCUGGCAGCCCAUCGGCCAAUAAGACGAUACCCGUCCUCGGCAGGCUUGGUGUGUACUGUGCCGGUGUCAAGUUUCCUGGCUUUGAUACUCCCGCUGCUAAGAAGUUUAAUCACAUCUUUUCCUUCAUGGAGUCGAGCUUCUCGAAGAACUCGCGCUCCAAGGAGGACAAGAUGUCACUAAACAUUCACAACAUGCGUUACCUGAUGCGUGUCUAUCCCGACGGCACCCGCCUGGCCUCAAGCAAUUUUGAUCCCCUCAUCUACUGGCGACGCGGUGUCCAGAUGGCUGCUCUCAACUGGCAGACAUUCGACCUGGGUAUGCAGCUCAACCGUGCCAUGUUUGACGGCGGCCAGGAUUCGUCCGGUUACGUGCUAAAGCCACCGGAGCUGCGUGACAUUCAGGUUCUCCCCUACAACUCGGACAUUGCCCGUGGCAAAAAGGAGCGCUCCGUCGUCUCCUUUUCAGUUGACAUGCUUUCCGCCCAGCAGCUGAUGCGGCCCGCCAACCUCUCUGCCAGCAAGUCGAUGGACUUUUACGUCGAAGUAGAAGUUUUCCACGCCAACGACAAGCGCGACAAGAAGGAAGGGCACUUUGACGGCGACAACGGGACAGAUACGCCUCUCAAAUUCCAGACGGAAGUCAUUCGCGAGAAUGGCUUCUCGCCCAUGUUCAUGUCGGGUCAGUUCAAGUUCAAGGUUGUGACUAAGCACCCCGAGCUGGUCUUUGUACGCUGGUCGGUCAAGCUGUCCAAUGAUGGCGAGAGCUACAGCACCAAGGACCGCCCGCCGAUUGCGAGCUACACGGCCAAGCUGCGCAACCUCAAGGAAGGCUUCCGCACGCUGCCGCUGCUCAACCACGCAGGCGACCAGUACCUCUUCUCAACGCUGUUUUGCCGCAUCCAGAUUGACGAGAUUGAGAAGACGCUCAUUGACGCGCCCCGUUCGCCGUCCGACGGCAGCAAGCUGAACCGUUUCGGCGGCAAGGUCUUUGGGCGCAGCAACACGAGCCCGCGAGGCACUAUUGAAAAGGCGAAUGUGGAAAAGACGAGCUUUGAGAGCUACGCUUAA